UGAUUCUUGGGCCUUGGGGUUGGUUGGUGGAUGGCCCCUUACUUAGACUAAAACCCUAACCACACAGACUCAAACCCUCAACACAUCUCUCUCUCUCUCUCUCUUGAUUCCUCCUCGCCCCAGUCCUUAUGCCUCCUAUAGAGAACGAACCCGUUGUCUGCCCUGACGAGGACCUCGUCGACGACGAAGACGAAGAUGAAAGCGAAGAGGAAGAAUAUCGUAUUGCACCGGCGAAACGACUAGAUGAAAUUGAAGAAGACGAAGUCGAAGAAGAUCCUGAAGAAGAAGAAGAAGACGAUGAUACAUCUUCCUCUAAUCUCGCUUCCGGAAGCGAACCCAUUCUCCCACAUCUCUCCACCUCUUCUCAACUCACCUUGGCUGUCUCCGUUGCCGCUGAUCCGAUCUCUUCCGUUCAGACUGUCACCAUCGCCCUACCCGCCACUGAUUCUUCUCCCGACUUUAAGCGCCAGCGGAUUGAAGAUGUCACAAUCCCUGGAAUCAACAAGCCAUUGAAGCCUCUAGCGGUUUUUGACGAGUCACGACGACUUUUCCAGCGGUUGUGGACUGACGAGGAUGAGAUAGAGCUUUUACAAGGGUUUCUUGAUUACACGAUGAACCAACGCUUCAAUUCCGGUUCUGGUAAUGGAUCAUCUUAUCACCAUGAUACAUCCGCAUUUUACGAUCAGAUUAAGAACAAACUUCAGCUUGAUUUUAAUAAGAACCAGCUGGUUGAGAAGCUUCGUCGUGUGAAGAAGAAGUACAGAACUAUUAUUAGCAAGAUUGGGUCUGGGAAUGAAUACGUAUUCAAGAGCUCUCAUGAUGAAGCAAGUUUUGAGAUUUGUAAGAAAAUUUGGAGCACUGAUGGCACCAGACGUGCUAGAGGAAGAGGAGGGGGAUUGCAAGAUGAAUAUACCAACCCUAACCCUAACUGUAACUCCAACCCUAGCCUUAACCCUAACCCUAAUCUUAAUUCAGCCAAUAACAGACAUAAUAACAUCAGUUUAGAUGCUUAUAGUUCAGGGAAAAAGUCAGUUGGUAGACCUUCAAGCAAACGGUUUAGAGGUGGCAGCGUGAAAUCGCAGCAGCAGCAGCAGCAGCAACAGGAGGUAAAACCCCCCCAGACCCAUCAAUUUACAACGCCAACUGCUACUACUGGUGGUCCAACUUCGGCAGCACAGCCAGUCCAAGUCCAAUUCCAAGCUUGAUUGAGGAAACUGUAAGAAGUUGCCUUCCACCAUUGUUAAAGGAUUUGCUGCCUUCAUCUUCUUCUAGAGGUGGUUUAGGAGGAGGAGGAAUGGGAAUAAAUGCUUUGCCUUUUGGGUUUUUGAUGGGGGGAAACCUGAGUAGUUUAUCAGGAGGUGGUGGAGAUGCAAUGAUGGAGGAGAAGUGGAGGAAGCAACAGAUAAUGGAGUUGGAAGUUUACUCCAAAAGAUUGGAUCUUGUGCAGGAUGAUAUCAAAUCUGCACUGGUUCAGCUCAGGUCAAUGCAACAACAGCCUUCCUCAGUAUAGGAGGAUUUUAUUCUAGUUUUUCUUUAUAAUUUAGUUUCCAGAAUUAUUGCCCUUGGUUCUCCAUAUAUAUAUAUAUAUACACUUUUUGUUUGUU